UUUGUCUUCUGAUAUCUUAAAAGUAAGUUCAUUAUUAUUCUUUAAUAUAUUUUUUUGAAUCACUUAUUCCUUAAUUAAUAAUCCUAUUAAUAAAGUGUACUUGCGAAGACUACACUAAGGCCGAGUUGACUCAGCUAGCCUUUGUCACACCACACUCUCCCCUUUUUAAAUGUGUACUACUUCUUCAAUUUCAUUCCAAUACUAGUAGUACCAAAACAAGAAUCAAAAGAGUCAGAUUUUUAAAUUCUGUUUCAUCAUUCAAUUUAAUGUUGAUGAUUUCCGAGUGCAGAAGUUGAAGAAUACCCAGAAUUUGAAUUUGUGUAAACGGGUAAAGGGAAGAAGAAGAAGGAGGAGGGCAGACAAUGGGAGCAGUGAGUAUGGAGAUUUGUGGGACCCAAGAUGACUCGUCUGCCGCUCUUUCAUUUGCAAGAAGCUACCAGCUUGAUGCUUUGGAGAAAGCCAUGAAGCAGAAUACUAUUGUGUACUUGGAGACCGGUUCAGGGAAGACAUUGAUUGCGGUCAUGCUUCUUCGUAGUUAUGCAUAUUUCCUUCGCCGGCCUACACAGUCCAAUAUUGCAGUCUUCUUAGUACCUACUGUUGUUUUGGUUAAACAACAAGCCGAAGUUAUUGAGCUGCAUACGGACUUAAAAGUUGGCAAGUAUUGGGGAGACAUGGGUGUUGAUUUUUGGGAUGCUGCUAUUUGGCAGAAACAGCUGGAUGAAUAUGAGGUUCUUGUGAUGACACCAAAGAUCUUGCUUGAUGCUUUGAGUCAUACUUACAUCAAAUUGGACAAGAUAAAAGUUUUAAUAUUUGAUGAAUGCCAUAAUGCCAGGGGAAAUCAUCCCUAUGCUCGCAUCAUGAAGGACUUCUAUCAUCAACAAAUGCAUACUAAUGACGUCCCCAGAAUUUUUGGCAUGACUGCUUCUCCAAUCAAAGCGAAAGCUAAAGGCGCGUCUGACUCAAAUGGUUACUGGAAAGAUAUUAGUGCCCUGGAAAACCUCAUGCAUUCUAAGGUCUAUACCAGUAAUAGCGAGGCAGACUUGGCUGAGUAUGUUCCUAUCCCAAAUGCUAAGGCUCAGUUUUAUAAUGAGGAUGGUCCAAAUGCAUUGCAAACAAAUCUGAUCAAUGGCUUGAACUCGCUGAGAGAAAAGCACAUAUCUGCUGUUAGAAAGUUGGGUGCUGAAGCAUCGACAGAAUUAUCUAUAUGUAACAAAUUAAAGAAGCUGACCAAUACUUUCCGUUUCUGUUUGGAUGAGCUUGGUCUUUGGGCAGCAAUAAAGGCCGGAGAAAUUGUGUCUUGCAAUGAAACCGACAUUUUCAGCUGGGGUGAAUUGGAUGUUCGCGGUGAGACGACUAUAAAAGCAUUUAAUUCUGAUGUGCAUAAUAUUUUAGCACUCCACAACCCAUCUGGAGGCUGCAAUUGGUCAAUCUCUGAUAUAAAGGCAAAUUUGGAUUCCAGAAUUAUAUCUUCAAAAUUAUUGUGUCUAGUGGAAUCUCUCCUUCGGUAUAGGAGUUUGAGAGAUUUGAGGUGUAUAAUUUUUGUCGAAAGGGUAGUUACUGCAAUGGUUUUUGAGGCUAUAUUGGAUCGACUACUUUCUCAAACAAGUGGCUGGAAGGCAAGAUACAUUGCUGGAAAUCAGUCUGCACUAAAGUCCCAAAGCAGGAAUGAGCAGAACAAUCUUGUUGAUGAAUUUCGCCGAGGGGCUGUGAACAUUCUUGUUGCUACCUCCAUCCUAGAAGAAGGUUUAGAUGUCCAAAGUUGCAACUUGGUUGUCCGUUUUGAUCCGUCAGCCAACAUUUGCAGUUUCAUUCAGUCUAGAGGUCGCGCUAGGAUGCAAAAUUCUGAUUUCUUGCUGAUGGUGAAAAGUGGUGAUCAAGAUGAGCUAUCGCGCAUGAAAAACUAUCUUUCCUCUGGUGAUGUGAUGCGCAAGGAGAGUUUGAGCCAUGCUUCGCUUCCUUGUCAACCUGUAGAAUUCGAUGAAUUUGAUGGGAUCUCCUAUCGUGUACCGAGCACAGGAGCAGUUGUUACACUGAGUUCUAGUGUGAGCUUGAUAUACUUUUACUGCUCACGUCUCCCUUCCGAUGGAUACUUUAAACCUGCUCCUCGCUGCACCAUUGAUGAGGCUUUGGAGACCUGUACACUACAAUUUCCAAAUAGUUGUCCAGUACAGUCAGUUACUGUGAAAGGCAAUGUCAAAGUUUUGAAGAAACUUGCUUGCCUGGAAGCAUGCAAGUUGCUGCAUGAGAAGGGUGCUUUGACAGAUUCACUUGUUCCUGAUAUUGUUGUAGAAGAGGGUCUAAUGAAAGAUACUGAGCGUGAACUAUAUGACGAGGACCAAGCAAGAUACAUUCCACCAGAAAUUGUCGGUGAUGGACCACGUUGUUUAGACACAUUGACAUACCACAGCUAUUCAAUGGAAUUGAAGCAGGACUUCUAUUCUGACAUUCCUGUGCAUGACAUAAUUGUGGUUUUUAAAUCUAAGCUUGCUUCCGAUGUUGGAAACAUGCAAUUUGACAUGGAGGUUGACUGGGGGAAAAUGUCAGUGGACAUAAAAUACGCAGGAAUGAUCAAUCUCAGUGAUGAACAGGUAACUCUUUGCAGACAAUAUCAGGCUGCUUUAUUGAGAGUUCUAAGAGAUCGUAGUUUUGAUAAGCUAGUGGAAUCGUUGAAGGGGUUCUAUAAAUGGGAGAAAAAUGUUAAUGUGCCUGUUUCACAUUAUGACUAUAUUCUUCUCCCCAGACAAUGGGUUCAUCGAAGUUCACUUGUUGAUUUGGAAUGUAUAAGCUCUGCAUCCUUUUUACGCGAUGUUGUUCAAGGUUCCUUCUCUAACUACAAUAAACGCAAGUGUGCACAUCAAGAUGAUGUCUACACCAAGAAUGGCUUUUUACAUCGUAGUGUUCUGGAAAAUUGUUUGGUGUGCACACCCCAUAAUGGUUACAUCUAUUCUAUCUCUGGAAUUUUAGAUGGCAUGAAUGGGAACUCUUAUUUGAGUUUGAGUGAUGGUACAUUAAAAACUUACAAGAGUUACUACAAAAUGAGACAUGGGAUUGACCUGAAAUAUGAAAAUCAAGCCUUGCUUUGUGGGAGGCAGGUUUUCCGGCUGAAGAAUUACCUUCUAAGGUGCAAGCAGAGAAGGGAGAAGGAGUCAAGUGGUGCUUCUGUUGAACUGCCUCCUGAAUUAUGUCUCAUCAUCAUGUCGCCCAUAUCAGUUGCUACGAUUUAUACCUUUUCAUUUCUUCCUUCUAUUAUGCAUCAAGUUGAAGCUUUACUACUGAGUGCCAACUUGAGAGGCAUUAUCUUGGAUCACUGCAUGCAAAAUGUUUUUAUUCCAGCCACCAAGGUUCUAGAAGCAAUUACAACUAAACGUUGCGAAGAGAGAUUCCAUCUGGAAUCCCUUGAGACCCUUGGUGAUUCGUUUUUGAAGUAUGCUAUCUGCCAACAGCUGUUUAAAACUCAACAAAGUAAUCAUGAGGGACUUCUUAGUAUAAAAAAAGAUAGAAUUAUAUCUAAUGCUGCACUGUGCAAGCUAGGGUGCCAACGCAAGAUUCCGGGUUUUAUACGUUAUGAUUCCUUUGAUCCUAAGAAUUGGAUCAUACCCGGUGAUCCUGGAGACUGUAGACUAAAGAAAGAGUUAAUUUGUAACACCUAUAAGGUCUACAAUGGUGGAAUACGGAAAAUCAAAAGCAAGAGAGUUGCUGAUGUUGUAGAAGCACUACUUGGAGCAUUUUUGAGCUCUGGUGGACAAGUAGCUGCUUUGAUGUUUAUGAACUGGCUUGGUAUAGAGGUGGAACUUUCCUGUAUAACAUACCAGAGGAACAUCCCUAUAAAUCCCCGUUUGCUAGUAAACAUUACACAUGUAGAGUCCAUUUUGAAUUACUCAUUCAAGGACCCCUCACUGGUAGUUGAAGCACUUACCCAUGGUUCAUAUAUGUUACCUGAAAUUCCUCGAUGCUAUCAACGUUUGGAGUUUCUGGGAGAUGCGGUGUUGGAUCAUCUGAUCACAAUUCACCUUUACUCUAAAUAUCCUGAUAUGUCUCCUGGCCUGUUGACUGAUCUAAGAUCGGCCUCAGUUAAUAACGAAUGUUAUGCUCUAUCUGCCAUCCGUGCUGGACUUCACAAGCACAUACUUCAUGCUUCGCAAAUCCUAUACAAACAGAUGGCUGCUGCUGUUGAAAGUUUUCGGCAUUUAUCUUUAGAGUCAACAUUCGGAUGGGAGUCUGAGACAAAUUAUCCCAAGGUUCUAGCAGAUAUAAUAGAAUCUUUAGCUGGGGCUAUCUUUGUCGAUUCUGGAUUCAACAAAGAGGCUGUAUUCAAGAGUAUAUCACCUCUUUUGGAUCCCCUCAUCACUCCAGAAACUCUGAAGCUGAAUCCUGUGAGAGAGCUAAACCAUAUAUGUCAAACACAUCAUUAUGCUAUGAGAAGGUUUAGAACUCGUGAAAACGGCGUGGCUUCCAUAACACUCGAGGUUGAAGCAAAUGGCAUUGUACACAAGCAUACAUGUACUGCUUCUGAUAAGAAGAUGGCUAAAAAAAUUGCCUGUAAAGCUAUUCUCAAGUCCCUAAAAGAAAGCAUUAUAGACUUGUAAGCUUCUACAGUUUUGCUUAGGGAAUUAAAAUGGGUUUUUUGUUUUUCUUUUCUGAUGUAUAGUGAUCCAAACUAGGGAAGAGUACAUGAAUGUACAUAAUUUUGUUCCCAUGUAUGUAGUGAGGCUGCAUGAAAAACUAUUAGCCAGUAGCCACCUACAACUCAUAUAUUUUAUAAUAAUGAAAUGAAGUUGAU